AUGGAUAACGCUAAUGAACAACCAUACUAUCCCUCUAUAUAUCAUCCAGUGCUCGGCUAUCGAUUCCAGCAACCUGAGCAAACUCUCAAUCUCCAUUCUAACGAUCAAAUACCCAUUCCGUCUAUUGAAUCGUCCAACAACACCCUCAGUGCUGACGAGGUGCGACUACCCAUACACGAGAUGAUAAAAUCAUCAGAAGGGGCGUAUAAAGGAUGGGUCCGAAGCAUAGAAGAGUACCACGAGACCAAACGACAAUACCACGCUAUGCAUGAUCAUUAUCAGGAUCCUAGUAGCUAUGGCGAUUUUCCAUCCAAUCCUGAACAUCAACGUGAACUUGUGGAAACAAUGUUCGAUGCGGCACUUAAUGUUUCCAGGACAUAUGAGCAUGCGAGGAAUAGCAACGUCCAAGGCAUACUAAAUAAGAAGUAUAAUGAUUUAGAAUAUGAGCUAGUCUUCUGGCAAUUACUUGAAUCGAUUUAUGAUUCGCAGCGGGGACACUGUCGUCUUCCAAACCAUCUAGAUCGCGGGAAACCGCAUUACGAAGAGUACCGAUCUUUCGGGGAAAGAUUCGAUGCUGUCAUCAAUGCUCUUAGGUCUUCGAAAGGAAUCGUCGGACGCCUGUUUGUUGAUACAAUGUUUGCGGAUAGGUUAGCCUGGCGACCAAAAAGCGAAUUGGGUCGGAUAACGAAACAUGCUACCUGGAUGUAUCAAAGAGCCAGCACGGGCAUAGCUAGUAUGGAGGGUAGCACAGCUGGAAAUCCUCCGCAAAGGUCGACAUCUGCGCGUCGCAAGUCGGCACUGAAGAAGGGAAAGCUACGCAGCACUGAACAUGAGACCUUAUCCGCCAACCAGAUGGAUAUGCAGAACACGCAGACCUUUUCAGAUGGAUAG